ACUUUAGAAUUAUUUUAGCUGCUUGAGGGUGUGAAAAUAAUAAUCAAAUGUGAUUCUAAAUCACAUCUGGUAAUACUGUAGCAUAAUUAUGUGUCAAAUAGUGUUCCAUCUUUGAAUGUUCCAUGCGUCAUUGAGUGUCAUCUUUUUAAAAAUGAGUUACAAUUUGUGUUCCAAUAACUAAAACAGCUGUUGUGGAGAAGGGGAAAAAAGCCACAAACAAAUGUAAUGAUUUGGCUGUGUAGUGUUGAAUUUCCGCUGAAACAUAGACAGAUGUUGUGGAGUUUCUAAAUCAAGUGGAUUAGAGAAUGGGUUUUGUGUUGUUGUUGUGGUUGUCUACUUUACCACUUCUUAAUGUGGUUUUAAAUGUUAGAAUAAUGUACCUUUAAAACAUGACAAUCAACUUCUUUACGGAUGUACUGUAUUACAUAAACUGUAAGUUCUCAAAAUGUGUUUUUAAAUCUUGCUUUAUUCUACAGGUUUUUGGGGGAAAAAAAAUGGAGUGUUCCUCUCUGCUCGUUGUUACUCUGGCAUUGUGUCACCCUUCACUUGGAAGCGUUUCAGAUUCACACGGCAAUUCGGAUGCAAGGACUCAAAGCACAGAGACCAUCGUCCAUCCAGUUAGUGACGUCAUCAGAGGGAACAGCAGUGUGCAAGGCAGUGGAGAUAGACUUGAUACUGCAAUCCUUCCUUCGGGUGUGGACCACACUGUCCAAACCCGUGUGUUUCCCUCGAUGACCAAUUUGUCAGGAUCUGGACGACCCUGCAUUCAAAGCCCUUGUCAGCACAAGGACUUUCUCACCAAUUAUAACGGCACCAACCUGCUGUGGGACGACAUGAGGCGCACGCUGGCGUUCGCCUGGGAAAUCCACGUCUUUGGCUCGGCCAGCCUCUUCAUUCUGAUGGCGUCCCUGGCCGUUUUAGGAACGGCUGUUGCCUCCACUCUCCCUUACCCCCACUGUGGUGCUCUGAUGCUGGCUAACAGCACCCUGAUUGCGAGCGGUGCUCUGCGGGCCGUUCACCUGCUACUGGAUCCUUAUGGUACUCGUCAGAUCGUGUCUCACACUACGCUGGCAGCACUGCAGAACAUUCCCAUGCAGCUGUUCCUGUGGGCUCAGGUCACCCUCACACUUGUCACUCCCAGGAGGUUCAAAUUAUUCCUUUUCCCAGUCAUGUUACAACAGUCCCAUGUGGUUGCGGGGCUGGUUGUAUCACAUUGCACUGUUUUGCUGGCAGCAGACUUACAUUUCACUACUUUCUUUCCACUUUUCCCUCUUUUGCUGCAGAUGCUGUCACUCUGCUGGGGGCUUCCAUUCUGUCUAGAACUACUCAUUAAGUCCCUUUCCCAUUUAGAUAUGUUCCUCAGGUCAUCGCUUCCUCGUGGGGUUCCAUCACAAAGGAUUGAGAGGUGUGCAAAGCGAGUAACGGCGGUUUGUGCCUGCCUUGGCAUUAUGUGCUGCAACCUUCAGAUUUGUAGUCUGCUGUGGCUCUAUGGCCUGAUGGGCAACUGGAGGCGCUUCGGUUGGUGCUGGUGGCUCAGCCAGUUUUGGGCCAGGAUUCUUGAGUUAGCUUGGGGUUCCUCAUUGCUCGUUUUGGGAUCCUGGAUCUUCUGGAUGCCAGCCAGGACGCACAGCAGAUGUGAGAGGUCUAAAAGAGGGGGCAAGACAACCAGUUUAUGGGACAGGGUCUUAGCCGAUGUCCGAAAAGGGCAACUCAAAAGAACUGAGAAGAAAUGGAGAGAGCUGAUGCCAAAUAACCUGGCAAAGCAUAACUUCUCUACAGCAAGUUUCAGCAAUAGCAUGAUGUGUCCAUAUGACGAUCAACCAUCUGUCAUUGCAUCAGAAUACAAGCAUGAUCCUUUUGACAAUAACAACUAUGACUCGCAGGCUACACUCAUGUGGCAAAGAGUUGGUGAGCGAGAAUGUAUUCUCUCGCUUAUAGAAUUUGACACGAGGCCCCCAUCUCCCAUUAACCUGAGGCUCAAUGUUGACAGUGCUCUUCAUCACGGACAGAUUCUGGCCGGAAGCCUGUUCACACCUCCUCCCCCCUCUUGGAUGCAUUCUGAUGUAGAGAAUGGUACGGCGACAUUCCCCCCACCUUAUGUUGCCUAUGGCUGGAUGAUGGAUACAGAAUCCAUUCCUACAUCUCUGGACCACUUCCAAGAUCGAGAGCCAACACUGCCGAGCAACGUGGCCACUGAUCACUGUUAUAAUGGGGAGUCACCAAAAAGAUAUCAGGGAGAAGAUCUUAGUUCAAGGUUCUCAGCGUCGACGCAUCAAAAUGAUUGGUCUGAUGAAGAUGUCACAGACCUUUAACUUGUUGGUAAAUGAUGCAUUUUGUGGUACACUUUGCACACUUGGAGGAGUUCCCUUACCUGCAGUAUUUUCCAAGUUUUGGGUAUUUUUAUUCCAUUGGAUUUAUUGUCCAUUUCCGUUACACUUUACAGUAUUUGCUCAUCUAAAUAACCGGACAAUUGUUUUCACUACACCUACUGUACAGUAGGUGUAGUGAAUAAUAAUUCAAUUGACACAAUUGAAUUAUUUGACGUUAAGUAUACAAAUUGACUGGAAUCAAGAUAUUCAUCUAAAUUUAAAAAAAACAUGUCAACAUAAGUUGGAAAUUCUAACGGCAGAUGACAAAUUGCAAGUAUUGUAGUUACAAAUUUUUAUUUUUUUGUUAUUUGCAUAUAAAAGAUAUGGUCCAGUUAUUUGUCAUGAGCAGUCACAAUAAAAAGACAUUCGAGUUUGUAGUAUUUGUAAUAUUAAGUAGUUACUAUAAUCCAUUAAAAUGAAUACAAAUCUUACUACUAAAUGUGAUGCUUUAAAUGAAAUGCAUUAUAUAAAUUAUCAUGUUAUGAUUUGAUAAACGUGAAAUUGACACAUCAAUGUAAAUAUUGUUUACCUCAUCUUUAUAAGGCUUUAAAUCUUUAAAUUGUGCAGCAUGUUUAAAAUGAACUGAUGAAUGGAAUGAUGAACAACUUAGGAGUCUUUGCAUUUGCUGUUUUUUUUUGUUUUUUUUUACUGAAUAUGAUGCUUUAAAUAAAAUGCAUUAUAUAAAAAAUCUCUUCUUUAGUUUUGAUGACCAUGUUAAAUUUACUCUAUGAUAUAAAGAAUGUUACAGUAAUUCAUUCAUCCAUCCAUUUUCUUUAGCGCUUAUCCUCAUUCAGGUUGCACGUGAGCUCGAGAGCCGUUUCAGUAUUAAAAAUCCAAACGUCUGACUCAUCCGUAAAAAAAAAAAAAAAAAAGAGCGGUAUUAAUAAAUGUAUUAUAGAUUAAAUAAGCAAAACGAAAACAAUUUAAAAAACGAAUA